AUGACAGAUUUUGAUCUCAUUUAUUUUAGGGAUAAUGGUGGAGCAUCGGUUGGUGGUAAUGAUGGUCAAACAAACGGUGUCACAGCAAUUGGAGGAAUGGGUGGAAAUCCCAGUCAACAAAUAAGUACAACCGUAUCAAGUGGACGACCACAAACAAAUUUUAAAGCAAAACGUGGUUUUCCACGUAAUAAUAAUCGUUAUGAUCCAAUGGGACGAGGUGGUGGCGGUGGAAAUAUGAUGGGUACGAGUUGGGGAGGGCAACCACAACAGCAACAACAGAUGGGUGGUGGACCUUAUGGAAUGGAUCCAUUUCAGCAAGGUGCCUAUGGCAUGCAACAACAACAAUAUCCUGGCUAUGAUCCAUAUUAUGGACAAGCAGCUGCCUAUAAUCAAGCCGCUAUGUAUGGUGGACAAUAUGAUCAACAACAACAAUCUUUCAUGUACGGGCAACAACAACAACCACAAGGUUUAAUUCCUGGUGACGGUAUAAUACCACCUGAAUCCCCUAAAGGUGGCCAUGUAGUAUAUGUUUACGGUAUUGGACAACGAGCAACUCAACAAGAAUUAGUUCAAUUGUUCAGUCAGUUUGGCCGUGUUUUACGUGUUGAUAUUAUUAUUGAUUUUAAUACUGGACUAUGUAAAGGUUUUGCAUUUGUUGCUAUGGAACGUUAUCAAGAUGCACAAAUGGCAAUACAAAAUUUAAAUCGAGCCCCAUUUCAUGGUCGACCAUUACAAGUUCGAUUUAAAACAAAUUAA